AUCAUUGAUUACCUCGAUCUCGAGCGGCAAAGUACGUCUCCUUAGUGAAGCUCCAAGUUUCAGUUCGGAGUGUGAACAUAGGUGCCUCCUCCUAUACUCGUGUUUCGUUCGUUUCUUCAGAAAAACAAUGUGGAAACGAUGGCAACUUUAUUGCAUCCUGUUGCACCUGUGCGCGGAGGUGCAAUCGACCGAGAAAACCGCCCUUGACUCACCUUUUAAUAUAUUGUUAAUCCGCGCUUUUCGUGAUUGGACUUUCGACAUCUUCGGCAAAACAGGAACAGAAGGUGGAAGAAACCUCCAAAUAGCGAGAGAUGCACAAACAACGCAGCAAAUUGUUCCCGACCAUGUCCCAUUUCCUUGUAACGUAACCGCGGUGAAUAUUUCAGGCGGCAGGUCGCAAGAAGUACCGGAUUCGGUACAUAAAUUAAGGCCGGGCGAUAUCGAUGUCAUUGCCGCGAUGGGCGACUCGCUGACGGCUGGAGCUGGGAUUUUCGCGAACAACCUGUUUCAAAUAAUAGUAGAAAAUAGAGGAGUUACCGCGCUUGGCGGAGGUCAAGGCACAUGGAGACAAUAUGUGACUCUUCCAAACAUCUUAAAGGAAUUCAACCACAAUUUGAUAGGCUAUGCACUGGGGGAUUCGUUGACGACUCAUAAUGCAUCGCAAUUGAAUGUCGCUGAAAGCGGUGCUAUGUCCGAUGAUAUGCCUUAUAUGGCAGAAACGUUGGUCAAAAGAAUAAAAAACGACCCGAGAAUAGAUGUGGAGAAGCAUUGGAAGUUAAUCUCGUUGAUGAUCGGAGAUAACGACUUUUGCACCAAUAUAUGUUGGGAUUCUUCACCUUGGUCACUUCUCGAUAAACACAAAGCCGAUUUGCUUCAAGCUUUGACGACAUUGAGAGAUAACUUGCCACGAACUUUAGUGUCGCUGAUUCCGCCGCCACAUUUGAAAGUUUUAAUUGACAGUCGUAAGGGUAGACCAUCUUUUACAUGUGAUCUUGCGACGGAUUUCGAAUGUUCUUGCAUGUUUGGCCUUAGAUAUCAAAGUUUUCUACCAGAAUAUUAUAAGAUUAUGAGACGAUGGCAAGAGUUAGACAUGGAAAUCUCUAUUUAUCCUGAAUUCCAGAGGGACGACUUUGCAGUCGUAACUCAGGCUGUUACAUUAGGUUUAAUCAUGCCACUCGCUUCCGAUGGAUAUGCCGAUACGACAUAUUUCAGUAGAGAUUGUUUUCACCUCAGUCAGAAAGCUAAUGCUCGAUUUGCAAACGGGUUGUGGAAUAAUUUAUUCGAACCAGUUGGCAUUAAAACGACAUACUGGCAGGAUCUCUUUGAGAGGUUUCUUUGUCCGACUCCGGAAAGGCCUUAUUUGGCUACAUUGCAAAAUUCUCAAGUAGACCUUCAGCGAAAUAAGUCGUCCUUGUGAAGAAUACUUAUUUGACGAGGGAGAAAGAGAAUAAAUAUCGGGAGGAGUACGCGCAAAUGGUGCAAGCGGAUGUUAAUAUAAGAAACUAUGCCGUUUGUCGUAACACCGUCUCGUA